GCAUUGCGCAUCGUGACCUGAAACCGGAGAACAUCCUGUGCGUGAACCGGGACACGAUCACGCCCGUGAAGAUCUGUGAUUUCGACCUGGGCUCUGGCAUCCAGUUCACCCCGAACCAGCCGACACCCAUCACGACGCCGCAGCUGCACACCCCGGUCGGCAGCGCUGAGUUCAUGGCUCCGGAGGUGGUAGAGGCGUUCUUCAGCGACGACGACGACUGCUCGGUGUACGACAAGCGCUGCGACCUCUGGUCGCUGGGCGUCAUCAUGUACAUCCUGCUGUCGGGCUACCCGCCGUUCUACGGCAACUGCGGCAUGAACUGCGGCUGGGAGCGGGGCGAGGCGUGCGUGCGCUGCCGGGACCUCCUCUUCUUCAGCAUCCACGAAGGCGUGUUCGAGUUCCCGGAGCGCGAGUGGGCGCACAUCUCCGACGGUGCCAAGGACCUGAUCCGCCACCUGCUGGUGAAGGAGCCGCUGAAGCGCCUCUCGGCCGACAUGGUGCUGGCGCACCCGUGGGUGCGCCACGGCGGCGCGCCGUCCAGCAUGCUCACCACGCCGCAGGUAAUCCGCAGCAACCGCAGCGUCAAGGACCUCUCGCUCUACGCGCAGUCGGCGAUGGCGCUCAACCGCGCCAUGCUGCACCACCUCUCCAUGGACGUCGGCCGCCAUGAGGAGACCAGCAGCAGCGAGGCCGAAGCCGAGUCGGACGAGGGGAUCGUCAUGUUCGGCCUGUCGCCGCCGCUCGAGUCCAGCCUCAUGCAGCGGCGUCUCCACUCCACGCAGAGCAUGCGGCUGACGGCCAUCGCCUCGCCCAGUGGCUAGGCGGCGGCGCAGCGGCGCGCGCGGGCGCAGCGUUUUACCUGUCGAACGGCCUGUGUCGCCGCCGGACAGUUGUGUGAUGCCAUCUGCAGGACAUUGGUUACGGCGAGCGAGCCAGCGGGAGUUAUAUAUGUCUGUACAUAUAUGCGUGCGGCGGCGGAGAGUGCGGCCGUCGGGUUGUCGCGGUACAAGCUCCCUGUUGUGUCCAGCCACUUCGAACUGUACAAACGUGCCUUGUUGGUGGGUCUCUGUAGACACGUCUCGACGGUGUUCCGGAAGCUCUUCUCGGGCGUACUCUGACUGCUGCAGCACUCUGUACGGCGGGCCGGCCGGCUCGCCGAACCCGCCUCGAUGUAUAGCCCUUGUCAGAGGUCCGGACGCCGGAUCACCUGUGUACAGCGGUCCGCCGGCGUCGAGCGGGCGCACGGGCGCCCGGGCUCCCGCAUGACCCGUUUUGUGCGGUGGCGGAGCCGCCACCUCUUCCAUAGCCGGCCGGCGGCGGGCACCGGGCGGCGGCCGGCGCCGCCGCGGCCAGCCGGCCCGGCGGCGACCGGGGGCGUCCACGGCUGUGACCCUGUGAGAAGGACGCCCGCCCCGCCCCAGCCCGGCGCCCGGCCGCCGGCGGGCCGCCCCAGCGGCGGACGCGUGUAUGGCUCUCCCAGCGUCUGCGCGCCCGGCAGGCGUCUUGCCGGCGGCAGACGGGAAAAAUACAAAAAGAUUUAUUUUGCUCAAUGGGAGACGAACUAACUGUUGGUGGUAACGGUACGAUGUGGUGGUUGUUUGGGCCGGGCUGGUCGUUCUGCGCUGCGCCGGUGGCUCUUCCGGCGAUCGGCGCGCGCGAGCCGCCGUCGGCUGCCUCAGGCUAGCGGCUUUUCGUUGAUAAAUUAAUUUUGUAUUUGUUUUGAAAUCAGCGUUGGGUGGGGUGGGCGCGCGCGGCUGAUGCCAUGCAGUUAUCGUGUCAGCGGCGGCGCCGCCCCAGUGAGCACUAGUCACUCGUUUGUGUUGCCAUUGGUCGAGAAGAAAUUCUUCUGUGUCAGCGUUCGUACUGAACUUUUUUUGGUAAUAAACAAAAAAAAAACCAGGCGGU